UCUGAAUGUGUUUUUAGGAUAACACUCCAAACGUCAGAACAAAAAUGGAAAAGAAGAAAGUAAAGAAACGAAAACUUGAUGAUCCCAAAGGAAAUAUUAUAAAAUCAAAGAUAGCAAAAACUAAAAGCAGACUAAAAAUUCAGCUAAAAGAAAAUAAGCAGAAGAAAAAGAAACUUAGAUUAGGUGGAAAAUUAUUUGGACCUAAUUCACAUUCAAGUGGGAAUCCAAACAGCGGAGAUGUUGGUGGCCUUAAGCACAAAAAGUUCAAAUCAAAGAGUGACAUGAAAGAUUCUAAAAGAGAAAGUACUUUUCAUUUCAAAAAAGAAAUGAAAGAUGGUACUGUGAAAACUGUAAAAAUGAGAGCAAAAUUGUUUGACAAAAAUUCGCAGAAAAGGCUGAAGAAAACCUCUACCAGGAACAAGAUGGAAAGAAAAAUGCACUCGGGCAAAGGAGAGACUAGGGAAAAUGAACCAGAUGACUUGUGCUCUGCUGCAAAUUGUCUUCGUCCAAUAGGUGAAGCUGUGAAUUGGGUGCAGUGCGAUGGAGGUUGUGAACAGUGGUUUCAUCUUCUUUGUGUUGGCUUGGAUGUUACAGAAGUCAGUGAGUCAGAAGACUACAUAUGUCCUAAUUGUGUUAAUAGGAAUGGUGGGAACAGACAUGAGAUGUUACACAUCAAAGAGGAAGUAUCUUAUUAUGAUAUUUCGGGAGAAUCGCUACAGCACAGUGAAAGUGAUAUCUCAAUACCAACACAGGCAAGCAUCACCAUUUGCAAACUCUGAUCAUCCCAGUCCAAACAUAAUAGAUUUUGAGAGUGCUUCUGAAGUUGCUGUGUCUGUAUUGGCGGGUUUCGCAAAAAACUCCUUUGCCGCAGAAAGAAUGUGUAGUGUAGAUAAUACAAACCAGUCUAAUGAGUCUCUGGAGUAUGUAUCUUAAUCGUGAUUAGGUAUCUGUACAGUGAGUGCAGUUCAUAAUUUUUUCCAUCGUCCCAUAACUCUUUGCAUCCUGCAUAUUUGUGUAAUAAACCAUAAAUGACUUAAUUCGACUCUUGAAAGUGUUUCAUCCAGAAGCCACUCAUAGUUCUUUCAUUCAUUAUUUGUAUUGUGUUCAGGUUUUCAUGUCUUUUCAACUGCCAUCAUCAUUCAUUAUGUAUUAAUUAAAAUAAUUGUGCAAAAUUUUGUCAUUAGCCUUGGCUUUUAUUACAAUUUUUGGCAUUAAUUUAUAAUUUGAAGACUAAAAAAAUUAACAAAUUUUAUAGAAGUGAUUUCUUCAACUGUACUGGACAUGUUAAAAUAUUUUGAAUGCCUAAACAUGUAUAAUAACACUAACGAUCUGACAUCUGUUUCUUUUCAUAUAAUUUAAAAUUAGGCAGAAUUCGACCUUAAGUUGUCAUUGCAUUACAUAAAAACUUUGGAUUACAGAAUCAUGUGGACUUAUAUUAUAUCUUGUAAGAAUACUCCCAACUUUUAUAAAAUACUAAUGUCAGUUUGAGAUUAAAUUUUGCCUAAUUUUUAAAGCUUAAGUUGGCAUACUUCCCUUCCAGAACCAUCGAAUAAAUUAAUAGGGCAAGUAACUUUUAAUGUUGUGAUACCUCUAUGUUAUUUUUCAGAUAUUCAUUUGUAAAAGGUCUGCAAUAACUGACUGAUUAUUAUUAAAAUGUGCUAUUAAUUUUAAGAAAAGGCAUGUUGUUUUUGUGCCUUUUAAAUUUUCUAUAUUCUGUUUAUAUUCAAUGCAGUUAGCUGAGAAAUCCUAGUAUUAUAUGCAUAAAAAUGGGCAAAUAGAAGACUUGGUUAAAGUAAACAAUAUUAGUAGUGGUGUUUGGAAUUUUUGCCUGCAUUUUUCUCCAUCUGUAAAUGUUUAUUUUGACACGCUUUUUAAGGCAAUACUGGAUAUAUUGCCGUAUACAAAGUAAUUGUAUUUUUGUUUCUGAAGUGUUUGAAAUGUAACUUUGCCUUAAAAUGUUUAUGGCAGUGUUCAUAUGUUCUCGUGACAUAUCUGGCAUGGCUAUUUCAAGCUGGGUUGGAAUAUUUCAUGACUGAACUCGUGUUAGUAUGUUUAUUUUCAUUUUGUAGAAAUGUCAUGCUUUACAUAAUGUUCAUAUUGAUUUUAUUUGUGAAUACAUUCUUCCGUCUAUUUGUUAUUAAUUUUUUGUUUUCUAAGAACAAAUAUAUGCUGCUGACUGAGAUAUAUUAGACAUUAUUGGUGCUAGUCAAUUGUAAAUUUUGCUCUAAAUGCAGAAAUGAGUUUAGUUUGUUGUUAAUUUUAAUUUUUAAUGAUAAAUUUCUUGUAUUGAAAGCACAAUGGGGAUUAAGGAGAAAAGGACUAUAAAGCUAUAAUUAUAUGCAAAAUUGCCUACACCUUUGUAAGAAAUGCUGCAUUUAAAGAUUUGGGCAUUGAGACUUGCACCACUUAAUGUUCAUAAAUUUUAUUAUGAAGUGCUUAAAUUAUUUUAGUUUCUGUUGUAUUGUAGAACUUCUAAGUAUUAUCUAUGUAUAACUAGAAUUUGACAUUCAUUAUUUUCAUUUCAGUUUGAAAGUAAGACAGCAAUCACUAAAUAAACUGCUUUGACACCAUU